GAAAUGCUUGGAACUGCAAAAAAGGUGUCUGUCUCUCUUGAUGACACAAUAAUUCUACAUGAGGGUGGGGAUAAGAAGCUGAUUGAAGAAAGAUGUGCAGAGGCACCUGCAUUCACAAUAGCCUCAAAUGCUGGUUUUGAUGGUGCACUGUUUAUUGGCAAAUUGUUGGAACAAGAUAAUCAUAAUUUGGGUUUUGAUGCUGCUAAAGGUGUAUAUGUUGACAUGGUGGAGGAGAGAAUCAGAGAUCCUCUCAAAGUGGUUAGAACGGCUUUAGUCAACGCUGCCAGGAUUUGCUCCUCUUCACCUCUGAAUCUAUCAAAAGGGCCGCUUUGCAAGCUAUCAGCAAUGACCAAGUUUCUGUUCCCAGCCUUGUAAUAGCUGUAUUUACUCAUGAUCUUUGGCUGGAUCACUAUGAGUGCUAUUGUCAGCUGUUUGAAGAUGUCUAUGC